AUGGCGGACUCGACGCACCACACCAUCCGCCGCGCCGCGGCGCGCCCGCGCGGCUGGUGCUGCUCGUUCGCGGGCAUCCCGGAGAGUCCCGAGCACCGCCCCGCGCUCCCGGCGUCGUCCGCGGUAGGCGCCGCCGUCCGGAAGCAGCUCCCGCCUCCUCCGCCGCCGCCCAAGUCCCCUCUGGCGCCGUCGUCGCACCACAGCUCGCCGUCGUCGAAGCUGGCGGGGCUCAUCGACCCGCGCAGGAUCCUCUCGCCGGGCCGCGUGUCCCCGAUCGACUCUGAGGGGUCGCCGGCCGUCGCGGACGCGCUGCCGAGGGAACAGUCCGCGCCUUUCGUGGCGGUGCGGGAGGACGAGGACGAGGAGGACGGGGAGCGGGAAGUGGAAAGGAACGCGCUGGAUCUGAGGCUGUGCCUCAGGGGCAGGGACGGCCGGUGCGUCGCCAUGGACCUCGACUCCGCCGUGCUGUGCGGGAGCAGCGCGUUCUUCGCCGGCAUGGUGCCCGACGCCUCUGCGAGCGGGGGCGGCGGCGGGGGCAGGAGGGUCGAGGUGGAUGGGGUGGACAACUUGGAGGCGUUCAAGGAGGCGGUGGAGCUCAUGUUCGAGCCCGACGCCAUGCGGUGGCUCGCCAGGGCCGGCGUGUCACGGGCAAUUGCUGUGCUCGAGGUUUCCUCCUCUAUUAUGUUUGACAGAGGAAUUGAAUCAUGUUUGAAGUACAUCGAAGCAGUUCCAUGGAACGAGAAUGAGGAAGAGAAGCUGAAACAUGUUUUUGCUAGAUGCACUUUUGAUGAAUCAGUAUGUAAAGAUGUGCUGGCAAGAUUACAACAACAAUGCACGAGCGGCUCAGAGGACUUGACAGUGCAGCUCAUUGAAUCUGUCACCAGUGGAACCAACAAUGGUGCAAGAAAAGAGAUGCAAUCUUUGGUCAGCGGUCUCCUAAGCAAAAGCUCAGUCUAUCAUAAGGACAUGUCAGGGCUAAACAAGAGGGGCCUCUAUCAAAUCUAUCGUUCCUGUUUGAGUUCACUGGUGGAACUUUUCAUGGAAGACUCAGAGCCAGUCGAGGAUGUGACCCAAGCUAUGAAAACUUCAGAGAGCAAGCCUAUGAUUGAAAGGGUCAGUAAGCAAACUGAGAAUCUCAAGUGGCUCUUUGACAUACUUUUAAACAAUGACAUAGCAGAAGAAUAUGUUGAUAUGUGGGCAAACCAAGACGAACUCAUCACAAUGCACGAGCAAGCAUCACCGAUGUUCAGAUAUGAGCUUAGCCGGAUAUCAGCGAGCGUGUUCAUCGCUCUGGGGAAAGGAAGAAUCCAGUGCCCCAGUGACACGAGGAGCCAAUUGUUCCAUGGAUGGUUCAGGCCAAUGCUUAUGGACUUCGGCUGGCUCCAGAGGUGCUCCAAGGGGCUAGAUGUGAAAAUCCUGGAGGAGAACCUGGGGCAGGGCCUGCUCACCCUUCCACUUCACCAUCAGCAGAGCUUAUUCGUAGAAUGGUUUCAGUGCUUCGCAUCUAGAGGCACACAAUGCCCAAAUCUCAGCAGAGCUUUCCAGGUAUGGUGGAGGAGGUCAUUUGUUAGAUCAUCUGUAGAGGUGCGUCGGUGA